AUUUCCUUUGAGGCGCGAGACGUGUGUUGCUGAGUUGAUGCUGUUGAUUUUGUCCCGCUUUCGGCAAGCGUCACUUUGGCUGUGCACUUCGCGUUGAUUUUCGGAAGCGCGACUAAAGUCGCGAACAUCGGAACAUUGAAAUACUAGAUACACAACACCAACAUCAAUUGGGUUCUCAAACACCUGUAUCGAUUUACAAUCCAUACGCGUUAUUCUUCGAUACUCAAUUACAACAUUCAAGUACUGCUAUAUUAUGAAUAUACGCUACAAUGAGUGACGCGAUUCUUCCUCCACCCCGCAGUUCGUCUGCUGCUCCUGCUACGGAAGCUAGCAAUCGUUCCGAUUCGAGCUCUGGUGAGGGCGAAUUCGAUACAUCUCUGGAUCAAUCCUUUGAUUCUGGUGCAAAGGAGGAGGGCUUGGGAGGAUUUGAGGCGCGGGCAGAGAAUAAACAGAAGCGCAAGAGGACCAGCCCCCAAGACCAGGCUAUUCUCGAGGCCGAAUAUAAACAAAAUCCCAAGCCAAACAAAGCAGCGCGUGCCGAGAUUGUAGAGAAAGUGUCCUUGAACGAGAAGGAGGUUCAGAUAUGGUUCCAGAACAGACGCCAAAUCAACAGACGAAAGUCGCGGCCACUUCUACCACAUGAGAUUGCAGCUUUUGGACUCGGUGGAAUGGCUGCAUUGUCUUCUGAUCCUGCUUCUAUGUUGGUGUUCAAUAGCAGUCAGACCGUGGGCGAACCUGGACCAAGCUCCCAGCAAGAGAGGUCAAGUAGUCAAGAGUCGUGCCAGGAAGAACCAGAAGCAGUAGAGCCCAAGGCUCCAUCAGAGCCUGCCAAGCCGAUUGAACAGACUGUUCAGCCGCUUUCGGACCCAGCCAUAACCUUACCAGCUACACUGGAGCAUCAGACUUCGUCGGGAUACUCUCUUCCAGAAACGAUUUCGACCUCAGUCAAUGACAAUGUCAUCAAGUCCUUCUCAUCGACUCCUGGCUACCUGGCAAACAGAUGGAACUCCGUCAGCAGUUCUUUCUCCACCCCCGCAUCCUCUCAACCCGCCCAAAUGUUCACUCCUCCGAUUACCCAAGCCAGUCAGCCAGCUUCGUGCCCAGAACGAAUUGAUGAAACUGCCUCUACCCCAGCUUCGCGAAUCCGUCUGUCACUAUCUCUAGAUGGAAAGGCGGAACUUGUGACAAGCUCACCGUCACCUCCCCACCACCAAGCUCCGCGACCAAGCUCGUCUUCAGCAUCCAGCAUUCCACAAAAGAGGAUACGAACGCUCCAACGAAGUCAAAGUGCGCUUCCAUUUGGCCACCGCUCAUCAUCAUCCUCCUCUGGUAGUCCAUUCCUCCCCCGUUUACCAACUGGACGAUCACGAGACGCUCGUACCUGGGAGUUCUGUUGCGAUGGUGAAGUACGAGAUGAACUUACGGCUCAUGCUGAGAAUGAGUCUCAUGGAUCAGCAGUUGCUGCAAUCAGUCUCAUCCGAUCUGCUAGCAACUCUGCUCUGAAGUCGAAUGCCAACAAGCGUAAUGCACCAGCUGUCAAACCUGAUUCAGCAAAAUAUGGCAAGAAGCCUAAGCUUGGCAGAGCUCUAUCAAGCCUAGCGAGACUGCAAAAUCCUGGCGCGUCAUCUUCGAAGUUGAGCCCUGACCCAAACACCUUCUCCAAAGAUGGUCUGAUGCGUUCACCAUCUGGAGAUUCUGAUAAGGAGAAUUGGGUUCCUCACGAAGGUGGAGGUGGAAAUCGUACUCGCCGCCCACUACCAUCGAGCCGUCCAGAUAAGCAAGCUAAUCCGCGGGCUGUACUUGGUGAUAAUCACAACGUUCCUACUCAUGCUACCAAUUUCGGAGGCAGAAAGAAUAGGAAGCGAGCUCCAGUCGAAACCAACAUCUUCGAGGACCAAGAGAACACUGUCGAGGUUGGCGAGGAAGUAGAGAAAUUCAUGCGUGGUGAAGUCAGUCCAAGCAAAAAAGGAGACCUAGACUGCAUUCAAGGAUUACUAUCUUUGAGCCAAGGAAACUGGCGAUAGGAAUUUCAUGUCAGGUGCAUAUCGGGAGCAUGGGAGGAGUUAUACUGCUGUGUUGAUUAUGUUGGGUAUGCUUGCCAAUCCAAGGUGAACUUGUUGAUUGGGUUGUCGGAGUUGGACUAUUGUCUUAUUGCAUUUGCAUUGCUGGUGUCGGAUCCACGGGUAACGUUUCGAUGUUGAUGCUUGAAUUCUUCUCUCUGAGUACGGCAGAUACCAAGAUUAGCGGUGCUUGUUAUGAUUUUAUAGCUGUACAUCUUAGCUUAUGAAUCGUUCUCUU